AUGAAUAGAUUAAUAAGAAAAAGUAUUUUUUCUCUUUAUGUAUUUAAAAAUGAUAUGAAAACAUUAAUAAACAAAAAUGCUGAUUAUGAAUUUAUUAAAACUGUAAGUAAAAAAAGGAAAGAAAAGAGUUUUAAAAAUAUACUUUUUAGUGUUAGUUUAAUUAAUUUAAGCAUAUUCUUCUUUACAUUACAAAAUUAUUAUUCAAAAAAAAAUAAAGAUUAUUAUAAUUUUAAUGAUAUAACAGUUGUUGAUCAUUUUGUUUUAAGUGAAUUUGUUAGUUCUAUUGGAAUUAAUAAUUUAUAUGUAUAUUUAAAAAAUAAUUUUUAUAACAAAUUGACAAGUCAUUUGCAAAAUGAAGCAUACUCAUUUAAAGAAAAUUCAUUUUUAAGUUUAUUGGAAACUCUAUGUAAAAAUAAAAAUACGUUCAAUGAAAUACAAAAAAACGAAAAGGAAUUUGAUUUAUUAACAUAUAUUUUUGAGAAAGUAAAAGAUGAAAAUAUAGAAUAUACAAAAAAAAAAAUUUAUUCAUCCAUUUUAUUUUAUUAUAUAAGAUAUUCGGAUGAAUUAUUUUUUACAUAUGACCAAAUGCAGCAAUUAGUAUAUAACAAAAAUUUAUUUUAUAACCUAAAAAAUAAGGAAGAAAUUAUAUCAUAUUUGCUAUUGAAAAUUUUAAAAAAUGAAAAGUGCAUUUCUGAAAUAUAUGAAAAAGAGAAGGAAAUAAUUAAAAUAUAUUCACAUAAUAAUAAUGAAUUAAAUAAUGUGAUAACAAGUAAUAAUAGUUCUAUAAUAAAUUUUUUAAUUUCAAGUAAAAAUGAUAAUAAAAUAAAUGAGAAAUCAAUAAUGAAAUUUUAUUACUCUGUUAAAAAAAAUAGUGAAAAUUAUUACAAGCAAGAAUCAUUACGUAUACUUGAAAGUUACCUUAAUAAAAUUAAUGUUCCUAUAUUCUUUAAAAAAAAUGUUACAGUAGAUAAAAAAAAAAAUUAUAAUAAUAUUAUGAAUAAAAUUUAUUUGAAAUAUUUUGAAAAUACAGUUCUUUAUACCUUCUUUUUUUCUUUUAUUCUACAUAAUAUUAAUGCAAAAGAAUAUAAUUUGAAGACAUAUAUUAAGGCUUUUAAAGACAUAUAUAAAAGCAUUUGCACAAACUGUAUUAUAAAUUCAUUAUUUUUAAUUGAAAAAUCAGUGAUUAAUAAUUUAGGUAUUAAUAAAGAAGCAAAUUUGUUUCUUUUAAUAUCCUUUUUAUUUAAUAUAUUAAAUUCUCUAUCAUUUUCUUAUGCUAUGUACAAAUGCAAAUAUGCAUUAGUUUCCCUAUUGUUUUCACAAAUGAUUAAAGACGAUUUUUUUCUUUAG